AUGGCACCGCCCCAGAAACAAUACGACGUGCUGAGCCCGUGGAAGCUGGCGCACGUGGUGCUCCGAACGUCGCGGUUCCAAGAGAUGACCGACUUCUACAAGAAAUUCUUGGGCGCCGAGGUCGAGUUCGAGAAUGACCGGGCCUGCUUCCUGCGCUACGAUGACGAGCAUCACCGGCUGGGCAUCCUCACGCUGGACGGCAUGACGAGCGACAACCGCACGGCCCCGGGGCUUGAGCACAUCGCCUUCACAUUCCAUAACCUCAACGACCUGGUUAAAGUGUGGGAGCAGCGUAAGGCGCUCGGCAUCGAGCCCAUCUGGUGUGUGAACCACGGCGGCACCACCAGCAUGUAUUACGAGGACCCGGACGGCAACAAGCUCGAGUCGCAGGUCGACAACUUCGACGACGAGGCCGAGCUCCAUAAGUUCAUCACCUCGUCGACUUUCCGCGAGAACCCCGUCGGCACCGACUUUGACCCGGCGGAGUUGAAGAGGCGCGUCGAGUCCGGCGAGGACGACGCCUCGAUCAAGAGACGCAUUGAAAUUGGACCUCGUGCGUUUCCGACAUUGGUGGGCGCCAUGCCUUGA